GUGUACGAAGCUUACAAAAUCGCAGCGCCUUCGCCUUCGACUUCGAGCAAGGCUUGCAAGUAAGUCACGAGCUAUCUAAAACUGCAAAUAGUGAAUGCAGGAGUCUUCUGCAUACUCUUCUCGUCUCUUGUACCGUUGCAAUUCUCGAUUUAUUGCGUUCAUCUGCCGCUAAAAGCCAAUUUUAAGCCUGUAUUAUUUAAUUUUAUUUUAUUAAACUGCGUGUGUUUUUAUGCUUCCCUUUAGUUCAGUAAUGUUUUGGACACAUGAUCAUGAAGCCAUUCUAUGCCGAGAAGUCGUCAAUGUAAAUCCCUACACGACUAAGAAAGGGUCAACACAAAGAAGCAGUACGUGGGAAAAAAUAGCAGACACCUUGAACAAAUGCACUGUGCCGAAAUUCAGGGUUGAUAAGCGAUCAGUCCGAGACCACGUGGGAAUCCUUGUUUACAAGCAUAAGAAGAAACUUCUAGCGAAGGAAAAAGCAACUGGGAUAACACCC